CGGGAACCAGCUUACAGAGUGGUCGGACUGACACAGGAGGAGACUUACACUAAUCACGGGGAGCAAGUCGAAUUCGAGGAUGAGCAGGUUGACGAGGAGGAGAUAGAAGAUGAAUUAGGCGUUGAAGAGGAUGCAAUCUUUGGGACGGAGAAUACCGCGCGUGCUGCUGCUAACUUGCUUUUGGGUCUUAGUCAACUGCAGAGAUUUCGGCGUCAGUCUGGCUAUAUGAGCAGCAAUUUAGACUCUAGUGGAACCAGCACAACGUCCGCCGGUGGAGCUUUUUCGGCUUCCGUGGCAACCAGCAUUACCGCUGGUACUACAACGAAUCCAGCCAAAGAUGUUGAAGAUGAAGAGGAGCCAGGAGAGGCCGGCGCAGAAGACGACAAUGAGUUGAUAUUGGAAGACGAAGAUUCUCAUGAGCCCCUCCAGGCCUCUCAUAAUGCAUCUUCAAAGUCUACAGCAAGUGCCUAG